AUGCAUUUACGUGACAUUGGUUCUAUGGACUACGAGAGUAACGGAGGCGAUCACAGCAUGGCUCAACACCAUGAUAUGGGCCAUCACAACAUGCCACCCCACCAUGAUAUGGGCCAUCACAAUAUGCCCCCACACCAUGAUAUGGGCCACCAACAUCAGCCGAUGGAUACAGACAAGCAUUAUAACGAUCACAUGGGCGAUGGAUAUGAUCAAAGUUACGGUGAUCCACACAGCAUGACUAUGAGCAAUGACGGUUAUCAUCACGAAGAUCUUGAUCACCGUCAGUUUGAAGAUCAUCACCACAAUGGCGGGGACGGUCCAGUAGCUGACCAUAUCGUGCCAGGUGCUGGCGAUCACGCCCAGAUGGACGUUGGGCAUGACGUCACUACGGGGUACAACGACCAAGAAGCGUUUCACAGUGACGUUCAUUCUCAAUCAGCGAAUCACGAAGGUGGAGGCGAUUGGGGAGAACAUGGAGGAGGAGAGGAUUACGAUCAGUCUGGUUACGAUGGACAAAGUUAUGACCAGGGUUACGGGGGAGGAUUCGAAGAUGGAUACCAAGGACCACCCGGAGAAGCAUUUCGAGGAAGAGGAGGAGGAAUGGCACGGCCACCUUUCCGAGGAUUUCCUCCAGGACGUGGUGGUGUGAUGCCACCACCAAUGUUCAACGGUCAAGCACCUCCUGGGCAACAGCCACCGCCACAAUUUUUCCGCGGACGUGGAGGACCACCGGUCAUGCCACCAAUGCGAGGUGGCGCUGUUCCGCCGGCCGCAGGAACGCCCCCUGCGGCUGCGCCUGGGCCAGUACCCGCUCGUGGAGGCUUCGCACCGCCACCAUUUCGCGGUCGUGGUUUCCCUCCGCCACGCGGCGGAUUUCCACCGUUUCGCGGCGGAUAUCCAGGAGCGUUUCCCCCAGGAUUCCCCCCUGGCUAUGCUCCUCCAGCACAGUCACAGGGAGCUCCACCGGCACAGGGACCUCCACCGGCACAAGGAGCUCCACAGGCGCAGGGACCUCCACAGGCACAGGGACCUCCACCGACACAGGGACCUCCACCGACACAGGGACCUCCACAGGCGCAGGGACCUCCACAGGCACAGGGACCUCCACCGACACAGGGACCUCCACAGAGCCAAGUACCCACAUCGGCUUCAGCACCAACCCCGGCCCAUACACAGACUCAAACACCGGCUAUGGUUGACCAAGCAACGAGGCUGAAAAGGCUUGCAAAUUGUGCAGAAGACGAGGAGUUAUGGGUGGAAGCCGAGUCGCCAGAAGGAAAACCAUACUUCUACCACUGGCAGACACGUGAAACUGUGUGGGAUCGUCCGGAAAAAGCUAAGGUCGUUGGUCAAACAGAACUUGCUGAAUUGAUUCAAAAGUCGAGUGAGGAAGAGAGGAAGGAACGGGAAGGCUGA